ACAUCCCAACUUUGACGUCCAUGUUUUAUGUGUUGAGCGUGCGGGUGGAUAUUUGUUUUUGUUUUUUUUGCUUGUUUUAUUGUGAGGUGAAACUCUUGCUUGCAGGAUGUUCUACUUCCACUGUCCUCCGCAAUUGGAUGCUGAGUGCUGUCGCUCCAACACACUGAAUUCGAGCACUUUUCCCAACCACGCCCCAGCUGACUUCGACGAUGGCUUCUUGCGGAGGAAACAGCGGAGGAACAGGACCACGUUCACGCUGCAACAGCUGGAAGCCUUGGAGGCGGUGUUCGCGCAGACUCACUACCCGGACGUGUUCACGCGCGAGGAGCUGGCCAUGAAGAUCAACUUGACCGAGGCCAGGGUUCAGGUUUGGUUUCAGAACCGCAGGGCCAAGUGGAGGAAGACAGAGCGAGGCAGCACAGACUCAGAAGGAGGAAAAGAGCAGAUGAGCGAGGGCGCUCCUCCGGUGCGCAGCAUCAACUCUCAGUUGCCCGUGGAGCCCAGCAGGAAACACAAAGAACCGCUGGACAUGCAGCAGAGUAUGAACAGGCCAGUGGGGCCCGGUGGUCCCUUCUUCCCAUCGUGUCUACCGGGGACCCUCCUCAACUCGGCCACCUAUGCUCAGGCCCUCUCUCAGGUGGCCACUUUGAAAGGUAACGCUUUGUGUUCCUGCUGCGUUUCGGACCCCAUGGGCUUGUCUUUCCUGCCCCCCUACGGUUGCCAGGGCAACCGCACAGCCAGUGUGGCCGCCCUACGGAUGAAGGCCCGCGAGCACUCCGAGGCCGUUCUGCAGUCGGCCAACCUGCUCGGCGCCGCCGCCUCGUCCGGGCCCGGGGUCGUGACUGGGGGGGGCAUGGUGAGGGCCCCCACGGGCGCUCCGGCGCAAGCGGAAGUGAGCGGGACAAGAGCCGGGGACGCCUCCAGCCCCAACCUGACCUCCAAGGUGCUGGGGGGCACCCCUGACAAGCGCCCGCACUGCUCCAACAAGGAAGCCGUGGAGAAGAAGUGAGCUUGCGGACACUGAGUGCUCUUCUAAGCACAAUGAGAUCUAUUUAUUUGACAAUUUUGAAUUAUUAUUAUUAUUAUUAUUAUUGCUGUUUGUGACAAACGUACAGGGACUUGUUGACCCCACGAAAGCACAAGUUUGGAUCUGUUUUUCUGCACUCGCUGAUGGACAAUUGCAGUUAAGUCCUAUAGGAUUCAUGCACUG